UAGGGAGGCAGUAGGACAACCGUAAAGGUCAAUUUAUGUAUUUUCCCUAAAAAGAAACAUGUUUAGAACAUUAAUGACCAGAACUUUGUAGUCGAGCUGGGAUCCUUAUAUUCUCAAUCGGGAUUCUCUAGAGACAUUCACUUUUGGAUCAGAUUUCUUCUGAGUACCUUUUCGAUAACUAACUUUGAUAUGAAUCAGUUGGAGAUGCAGUUGAUAAACAGUUGAACGGUUCCUCAUUUCUUGAACUUGCCGAUUUCUCGUUAGGUAAGACUCUUUCUCUCUCUAGUCUAACUCCUUUGGAAAUUUAAAUAUUACGUGUGUUAGAUUGCAUGCUCUAGGCUCCAUUAGAUCACAAAGUGAAGAGGAGCAGGUCAACGAGUUUAGAGAAAACGACUCCAAACAGAUCUUUUAUUACCCUUUUCUUGACAUUAUAUUCUCUGUGGAAUCAUUACCACCAAGUCCACCAUUAUGUCCCUCAAAAAAGUCACAAGAUGGAGCGGUUUAACAAACUCCUUUCUUUACUUCACAGUUCAAACCUUCCAUUCUUAAAUACCAACUUUAAUAUCUAUUAUCAAUGCCCAUUAAAAACAAACGGCUUUAAUUUAUUCAUUUUCCCAUCUCCAUAACUCAUCUUGAGUUAGUUUUCUCAAACCAUCACCUACAAACCCCAAAAUGGGCAAUUCCAUUAAUCCACAGGGCAAGUUAUCAGAUGGCACAAGCAAGGUUAUUUUUCAAGAUGGGACCAUUCAGAGUUAUGACAAGUCUUUAACAGUGGCAGAGUUGAUGCUGGAGAAUCCCCAGCAAAUAGUGGUUGAAUUCAAGCCGAUCGCGGAUGGUAAAAAGCCGAUUCCAUUGCCUGCUGAUAUGAAACUGGAGAGGAACAAGGUUUAUAUGAUGCUUCCAAAAAGGAAAGGAAAGCCCGUUAGCUUGUCAUCUGAAGAAGCACGACGAAUUCUAAUGAAAACUAGCUCUAUGCUUAAAUCCAAGUCUCUGCUAGCUUCUUAUACCGGGUUUUUGCCAGUAUUCGCACGUAUAUGUCCAGCAGCAGCAGCAGCAGUUUCCUCUGCAUCAUUGGGAAAUGGUCGUGAUUAUGUUCUUAAUUCGGACAAGAAUCUUUGUUUGGUGAAAAGAGAAGAAGAGGAAGAAGGAUCUAAACAUGAUUACUUCAGUGAUAUUCUUGAAGGAAGACCUGAAUUCUUAAGCAGACAAUUGUCAGGAAAAGGAUGGAAGCCCAGUUUAGACACCAUUAAAGAAAGGAGCAUACAAGCAAAAAUUCGUCAUUGGUUGUUUUAAGGUGUUUGUCUUUGUCCAAUCAAAUGUUGUCAUGUCUAGUUUUCGCUUCUUUGUUCUUUCCUUUCUCCCGUUGUUUCUUUAUGCUUUUUCUUUUGUCUUUCUAGUGUCCGUCUAGUCAUGCAUCUUUAGCCUUGAUUAAGUUUAGUGCUUUUUCUGUGACUUAGGAAAAGCCAUGGUGUAGCAAAGUCUUGUUAAUGUGGUAAUUUGUAGCUUUCAAUGCAUGGUGUGAUAAAGUAUUGUAAAUGUGUUCAGCUUUCAGGUAACGCAUGAAUUAUUAUG